AGACUGCAGUAAAGUGGCAAUGUCUCGGGAACCCAGCCCACCUCUCCCUGGAGAUAUGUCUACUGGUCCUAUAGCAGAAAGCUGGUGUUAUACACAGGUUAAAGUAGUAAAAUUUUCCUACAUGUGGACCAUUAAUAACUUCAGUUUUUGUCGAGAGGAAAUGGGUGAAGUGUUAAAAAGUUCAACAUUCUCAUCUAGCCCCAGUGACAAAAUGAAAUGGUGCCUGAGGGUAAAUCCAAAGGGAUUAGAUGAUGAAAGUAAAGACUACUUGUCCUUAUAUUUGCUUUUAGUCAGCUGCCCAAAAAGUGAAGUUCGAGCAAAAUUCAAAUUUUCCCUUCUAAACGCUAAAAGGGAAGAAACAAAGGCAAUGGAAAGCCAAAGAGCAUAUCGAUUUGUACAAGGGAAAGACUGGGGUUUUAAAAAAUUCAUUCGAAGGGAUUUUUUGCUUGAUGAAGCUAAUGGUCUUUUACCAGACGACAAGCUUACAUUAUUUUGUGAGGUGAGUGUGGUCCAAGAUUCAGUAAAUAUAUCAGGACAUACUAAUACAAAUACUUUGAAGGUGCCUGAAUGUCGACUAGCAGAAGAUUUAGGUAAUCUCUGGGAAAACACAAGAUUUACAGAUUGCAGUUUUUUUGUGAGAGGACAAGAAUUUAAAGCUCAUAAAUCUGUACUUGCAGCUCGAUCCCCAGUUUUUAAUGCAAUGUUUGAACACGAAAUGGAAGAAAGCAAAAAGAAUCGAGUGGAAAUAAAUGAUGUAGACCCUGAGGUUUUUAAAGAAAUGAUGAGAUUCAUUUACACAGGAAAAGCACCAAACCUUGACAAAAUGGCUGACAACUUGUUGGCAGCUGCAGACAAAUAUGCACUGGAACGGCUGAAGGUCAUGUGUGAAGAGGCUUUGUGUAGUAACCUCUCAGUAGAAAAUGUUGCUGAUACCCUUGUCCUUGCAGAUUUGCACAGUGCAGAACAGCUCAAAGCACAAGCCAUAGACUUUAUUAAUAGGUGCAGUGUACUUCGACAGCUUGGGUGUAAAGAUGGGAAAAACUGGAACAGCAACCAAGCCGCGGACAUAAUGGAAACAUCAGGGUGGAAGUCCAUGAUUCAGUCUCACCCUCAUUUAGUUGCAGAAGCCUUCCGAGCACUAGCAUCUGCACAGUGUCCACAGUUUGGCAUUCCACGCAAACGGCUAAAACAGUCCUGAAAUCUUCCAUGAACUGUAGAAAAAUGGAAUUGACUUUUACUCCUCCAGGUCCAGAAGGAUUCUAAUAUACAAACCAUAAGCAAGAGUUGUUUCUGUUGUCUUGUCCACAGAACAGAAGCUGAAAAAGCAUAUUGCUUGCAUUUCAGGUGGAUAAUUUAUGGUUUAUUCUUCAGCUUUAAAUUAGACUGAUUAUACUCUAAUUCACUUCAAGGCCUUAAAUUAUCUUCAAUGACUUCUCUUGUUCAUAUAAUACUUUAAUUUUUUUAUUGUGCCUUGUCAUUUUGACUAAGGCUAUGCAGGAUUGCACUAGCUCCAUAAUGCAGUAAUAUUGAUAACUGAAGAUAUUAAGUUUGAAAAGGAUCUUCCAUUAGUUUGAGAAAAAAGCAAAAUGAAUUUUAUAGGGUUUGUCCUAUGCUGUCUCAAAGUUUAAAACUAGGUUCUUCUUAAAAGCACUUGCAUUGGAGAUUACUGAUAAUGUCUCCAGUCUAAGUUUUAUAAAUAUAGGAGAACCUGCUUACCUUCAAGGUAAGUUACGGCAAUACACUGCUUCAAUUCUAAUUUAUUUUUCAUUUCAGGGGGCAAAUAUGCAAUGAGUUGGCCCAAAUUUUUAGUAAAAUUUAUGAUGUUUGUCUGUGUGUUGAUUGUCCAACAAACUAAGAGAAGCAUAACAAACCUUUGCUUGUGUUUUUUGUGGGUUUAUUCAAGUUUACAAUGAUUGAGGACUGAUUGAGGUUAAGAUUUCAAUAAAAAGAAAGCAUGUUUUGUGCUGAAUUAAUUUUUUUUAAUUUAUAGUGACCUACAUUUAUAUGAAGAAUUCUGUCCAUGUUGAAAGUAAGGAUGACCAAAUGUAAAUUUAACAAGUGGGCCAAUUAAGAAAGAUAUAUAUGCACUUUUAAUGUGUAACUUUUGUAUGCUAAAUGGUACAUAUUUUUUUGUUUUGAAGGUAUUAAUAAGGUAUAAUUAAUUGUGUCUUAACUUUUGAAAGGAUUUUUUAAGACCGAUGGAGGCAAUUGGGAUGUUUGUGAUAAUAGAUAAGAAAGAUAUCCUUGAAUAUAGUUAAAUUGGUUUGAAUUUCAGAUAUUUAUUAUUGAAUUUAUUCCUGUCUUAUCACACUUUGGAGAAGGCAACUGAACAAUAAACAAAUCCUGGAUACUCUACUCUCCUUCUGAAAACAGUGAACUUACAUUAUUUGCAGACUAGAGGAGAGAACCUUUAGAAAUAUGUCAGGCCACACGCUGAAACCUUUAUUCCCCCCCUAGCUUUCUCCUUUCUGUUUCAGUUACUGUACUAACAUUGUGGAUGAUACUGAAAUUCUGCAUAAUGUGAACAGGAUAAACAAUUUAUAAACUG